UGAUUCGCUGCCUCCAUGCUGCCCGCUUUUGAGAGUGAAGUGGUGAUGUCUCAGCCAGUUGCUGCCAGUUCACCUAGCAGAUCAGCCAUGGCCUCCUCUCCCUUCCUCUUUGUCCUCCUCCUCGUCGCGCCGCCGCUCCUCUCCCCGCUCGCCGCCGCAGCUCCACAGAGCCACCUCGUGACCGGACUUCCGGGCUUCCAUGGCGCCAGCUUCCCUUCCAAGCACUAUUCCGGGUACGUCACCGUGGACGAGGCCAGCGAGAAGAGCCUCUUCUACUACCUCGUGCUCUCCGAGCGCGACCCGGCCGCCGACCCCGUCGUGGUCUGGCUCAACGGGGGGCCGGGGUGCUCCAGCUUCGAUGGAUUCGUCUACGAGAACGGCCCCUUCAAUUUCGAGCCCGGGAGCGCGCCGGGCGGCCUGCCCAAGCUGCAGCUCAACCCCUACAGCUGGUCAAAGGUCUCAAACAUCAUGUACCUGGACUCUCCUGCUGGUGUCGGGAUGUCGUACUCGUUGAACAAAUCGGAUUACACAACAGGUGACCUGAAAACCGCAGCUGAUGCGCACAAGUUCCUUUUGAUGUGGUUUGAGUUAUACCCCGAGUUUCAGUCGAAUCCGUUUUAUAUUUCCGGGGAGUCAUAUGCGGGGAUAUACAUCCCCACAAUCGCUGAUGAAGUUGUCAAAGGGAUAGAAAAAGGUGUGGAGCCAAGAAUCAACUUCAAGGGCUAUCUAAUUGGCAAUGCAGCAACUGAUGUAGACUACGAUUUCAAUUCCUUUGUGCCAUUCGCACAUGGAAUGGGCCUCAUCUCAACUGACAUGUAUGAGGAUGUCAAAACUACUUGCCGUGGGACAUUCUUUGGAUACGUAGAUAAUCUGUGCCAAGAGAAGAUAGAUAGAGUGCACUGGGAACUGAAAGACCUGAACACGUACAACAUCCUUGCACCUUGCUACCAUCAUCCUGAAAUGCAAGAGGUAGAGUUCAUCAACAGCAGCUUGCCGUUGAGUUUUAGAAGGCUAGGAGAGACAGAGAGGCCAUUUCCGGUGAGGAAGCGAAUGGCGGGGCGUUCUUGGCCCCUCCGUGCUGCUUUGAGGGAUGGACGCGUUCCGAUGUGGCCAGGUCUUGGUGGUAGAUCACUUCCCUGCACGAGUGAUGAACUUGCUACUAUAUGGCUGGAUGAUGAAGAUGUCAGAUCUGCAAUUCAUGCCAAACCGAAAAGCUUAAUUGGAUCAUGGGAACUGAAUACCGCAAGAAUAGACUUCACUCAUGAUACUGGAACGAUGAUCAGCUAUCACAAGAAGUUCACAGCCUUGGGAUAUCGUGUGCUAAUUUACAGUGGAGACCAUGAUCUGUGUGUUCCUUUCUCGGGAACUGAAGCAUGGGUAAAAUCGAUAGGCUACCAAGUUGUUGAUAGAUGGCGGCCAUGGUACUUCGGAGAGCAAGUUGCUGGAUAUACAGAAGGUUAUGCUCACAAUCUCACCUUCCUCACAAUAAAGGGAGCUGGGCACGCUGUCCCUGAGUACAAGCCCAAGGAGGCGCUCGCGUUCUACAGUCGCUGGCUGGCAGGAGAAAAGUUCUAAGGCAAUCUGGAUUGCAACAGGAAAAAAAUUGCUGCAUAUUGGAUGCAAAAACACUUCUCAGUGCAAAAUGUUGGCAAAACAAGUCCAAUAAAGAAUCAGGGAGGCGCUAGCCUGAGACUGCCCGCAUUCUCCUGUUCUACAUUUGUAAUUCUAUUUCUGCUCGGCUGAAGAGAUUGUUUGGAUGGGCAAGUAUUGAGCUAUGUCCCAUCGGUUUGUGAGAUAAUUUAAACUAAUUUCCCUGCUGUUCUGAA